AUGUAGCACUGUAGAAAUUCAGUGGAGAAGAAGGAGCGAUCUACUUUGACAAACCCCAGCUUAAAAAGAAUAGCAAUUAAUACCUCCGGACCCUUCUGGAUGUGUCCACCUCAAAAUUUCCAUUAACAUGAACUGGGAGGCCUGUAUGGCCCGGCAAUGCUGGUGUGUGGCGAGAGUACUGGCACACUUUGGCUGCUGUCAUAUCAUCCAGAUGGUGGAGGAGAAUCGCCAUUACCUGUAAAGUGCUUGGAGUGGAAUGUCCAGAAAAGCACUACAUAAUUGUUGCUAGGAGCGGGCCAGGGAGGAAGAAGUUUAUCUUCUUUUUGGCCAACAGAGAACCGACCAUUGAAGAGAAGACCAGAGAGAAUUGGAAGGAGAGUUGAUGUUUGGAUCCCGUUAAGAAUGCAAGUCAUUUUUAACGGUUUAAACCUCGACCCUUACCCUGAAACCCCGACUGAGUCCGGAGGCGGAAUUAAAUCGUUGUGAAAACCAUGAAAGCGUUACGUUAAACAAAACGCACGCACGCGAGCAAAGAAAACGGAAACAAUGACAACGAUAAACAACAGCAGCUACUCCCUGCCCACCAUGGUUCCCAACAGCUCAGUGCUGGACACCAUGUCCAUUGGCAGCAGCACCCCGGUUUCCGGCGGAGAAGAGGGUCAGGCUGUGCUCGUGAGCCGGCCUUACAAGUGCUCUGAGUGUGGGCGCUCCUUCGCCCAGCUGACGGAGCUGGAGCUCCACGAGAUGUCCCACGCCGCCGAGCGGCCGUACACCUGCGAUCUGUGCGGCAAGACGUUCGCCCAGACCUCCGCGCUCACCAAGCACCAGCGGGUGCACACCGGGGAGAAGCCGUACAAGUGCCCGGCGUGCGACAAGUGCUUCGCCCUCUCCUCGGGCCUGGUGCUGCACAAGCGCAUCCACACGGGCGAGCGGCCGCACAGCUGCCCGCUGUGCGCCAAGACCUUCAUCUCCUCCUCCCACCUGGCCCUGCACCUGCGCUCGCACACCGGCGAGCGCAAGUACAAGUGCCGGCCCUACCACUGCAUGGUCUGCAACAAGACCUACGCCAAGAUGGCCACCUUCGAGCGCCACUGCCGGCAGCACCAGCAAGAGAACGGGGACGAGGCGGUGGGCGAUGACGAGGACGAGGACGUGGAGGUUAAGCGCAAGCCGCAGCCCUCCCCUGCCCCGCCGUCUGAGGUCAACACCAGGGCCAAAACGAGGGCCAAAGCAAAAGGCAAGAAGGGAAAGUAA